GAUCAAGUGUCUGUUUAUCUUUUGAUAAGGCUUAUCACUCAGUAAAAAUCGCUUCUUCCGAGGGUAUUUAAGCGAAAAAAAAUUUAAAGAGUUUGCAGUAGUUGUGCAUUUAGUACCGUAACUUUAUCAGGAUGUCACCGAAAAAAAACAGUAAUGAGGAUGCCCAAAGGGAUGUACUGGUGCCUGACUGGGUAAAACCGGGCGUAUUUGAAGAUUUACUCAAAAAGCAGGUGCCGGAUUUUAAGGAGACUAAAGCCUUGAGGGCUAGGGCGGCGCUUUCUGCUGGGGAGAACUAUGCCACUGUAAUGCUGCGAGUGGAACUAGAUGUGGAAACUAAAGAUAAUUCUAUGCAGACUAGAGCUUUCAUGUUGAAAGCCCCGCACCAAUCGGAGGCGUAUAGACAGAUCCUAGAAGAAAGGGACAUAUUCGAAAUAGAGCGCGGAAUGUAUUUAGAAGUGGUUCCCGAAAUGGAGCAAAUGUAUCAUAAAGUGGGAGUAGAGGUAAAGUUCGGAGCAGAGGCUUAUGAGAUACCAGCGAGCGACUACUAUGUCCUGCUAGAGGACCUCAGGCCCCGAGGCUUCCGAAACGCAGAUCGCCUUAGGGGUUUGGAUCAGACCCACACUGAGAGUGUCCUGCGAAAGUUUGCCCAGUGGCACGCUGCCUCCGCAGUUCGGGUAAAUACCAAAGGGCCCUACGACGACAAAUACACGAUGGGAUUCUUCAAAAACAAGCAUUUUGCGGAUGUUUUCCUCAACCGCAGCGUCCAAACAUUGAAACAAUACGUUCAUAAUUACGAAGGACAUGAAACAUAUAUUAAUGAUUUGAAAAAGGUAUCUAAAAAGGUUUACGAAAUUAUGGACAUCCUGAAUGAUCCAAAACCGGACGAGUUCAAUGCCCUGAACCACGGCGAUGGUUGGUCAAAUAACAUAAUGUUCCAGUACAAUGAUGAGAAUGAGCUCUUAAACACAUAUUUCGUUGACCUUCAAGUCCCCAAAUGGGGAACAGUGGCCCAGGACCUGUACUAUUUCUUGAUAUCCUCAACGAGCUUGGAUGUCAAGGUCUCGAAGUUCGACUAUUUCAUUUGGUUCUAUCACUCCGAGUUGGUAAAACACUUGACGCUUUUGAACUAUUCUAACCCAUUGCCAACUUUGAGGAGUAUUCACGAUGCUCUCAACAAAUACAGUGGUUGGGCCUUUAUAUGUUCUGCAAGCAUAUUGGGGUUUGUAUUGCUGGACCCCUCAGACGACGCUAGUUUGGACAAUGUGAUGGCAGAGGAUGCCAGCUUCAAAAAGUCGAUCUUCACCAAUCCCCGGUACAGAAAGCACAUGGAAGUUCUUCUGCCAUGGUUGAAGCACCGGGGAGCUCUUGAAUGAAUAGGUUGCAGUUAAAUGUUUUAAUUUAUACUUAGUUUCUGAUGAAAUACAUUUCUUACAAACAGCA